AUGCCUGUUGGAAAUCAGGAUCCCGGAGUGACUGGCGCGGCCAAAUUCGUCACAUCGACCCUCGGCAACGCGGUCGGCGGCGUCUCUCGCACUGUUGGCGGGGUGACAGGCGCCGCGGGGCGAGGUAUCGGCGAUACCAUCACCGGCGCCACAGGGAGCGCGGGGAAGCCUGUGGGCGAUGCACUGGGGAGUGUGGGCAGCGGCGUGGAAGAUGGAGCUCGAAAGGUUGCCAAGGGAAUUGAAGAUGCUGGACAGUGGAAAAGCAAGCUGGAUAGCCCUCAAUCCUAUUAG